AUGCGCUUCCGCGGCAACUUGACCGCGGCCUCGUUCCCGGUCCUCAUGGAGAUCUCGCAGUACAUGGCGCGGCUCUCAAGCUCGGACGCAUGCUUCGUCGUCGUGACGCCCGAGCGCAUGAGCUUCGUCAUGAAGACGGGCGGCGAAGACGUCCAAACGUUCGUGCAUCUGACCAUGGCCAAGCUCUUUGAGGACGUCGUGCUCGAGAGUCGGUCCGAGAACCAGAUCGCGUUCACGCUCAGCAUCGCCAACUUCUCGCGCGCGCUGCAGUCUGGCAAGGAGGCCAGCGGGAUUCUUCUGCGGCUGCUCAAGCGCGACGGCCGCUCGUUCCUCGCGCUGCGUGCCCGGACGGUCGAUAUUGACAUCAUCCAAAACAUCCCGAUCGACGUCGUCUCGAUGGCGAGCGCCGAGAACUACAAGGAGCCGCGCGUCCCGUCGCCGACCGUCGCGGUGGAGAUCCCGACGCUGCGCUCGCUGCGCACGGUCACGGACCGCCUCAAGGCCAUGCACAAGUACCUGACUAUCGAGGCCAAGAUGGACGGCUCGCUGCGGCUGCGCGUGCAGAGUGACACGUUCGCCCUCCAGACACAGCACGUGAGCUUCAAGCCUCGCUUCGACCUCGUCGAGGAAGCUUCCGACGACGACGCGCAUGAAGACAUUGCCAGCCGCGUCUCGACCGUGCGGGUCGACGGCCGCCACUUUUCCAAGAUGCUCUCGGUCGAUGGGAACGCCGUCGUCACGAUCCUCUGCUGCUUGAUCGACAACCGCGCCUUGGUGCUGCACUCGAUCUUGUGCGAGGGCUUUGGGUCCUUUACGUGCUAUAGCCCUGUGAUCGCGCCCGAAUAA